CCCUCCCUCUCUGCUCCCCGUUAGCGGUCACCGUGCACCAGGGUUUAGUGUGAGCUCGGCAGAUAGAUAGAUGAGAAAGAGGAGUGGAAGCAUGGAUGGAUAGUUUUCCCCCUCCUUUUUCAGCAUUUCUAAAGGAAGACUGGAGAGCAGGAGAGAAGGUGGACCAUCAUCUUAUUCUGGUGGAGGAGGAAAUCCGGUUAUCAUGGAAACCAUCUCUCGCCAUGUGGUUUUUAAAACAUCAUGUGAAAUGAUAUCUGAGCACUUCCUCUAAAGGCACUGCUAUGUUUUUAUCCAAUCACAGUGCAUCAGGUGCCACAUCAUUUAGUACCGUAUUCCAUAUUCAUAGCACUAAGCCAUGAUGGAUUUCUUCUUCCAACGCCAUUUCUGCCGCCGCCGGAAAAGACAGAAGCAAUCCGCUGCAGCGCGUCCGCCUGGUCCAGCUGUUCAGGCCAGUAAAGCCAGGAGGCGCUCUAGUGCCGGUCUUCCCUCUGCAGCGUUAGUACAGUCCAGACGCUCCUCCAUUGGUUUGCCUCCAGUUUGUACUGACCAGCGCAGGCGUCCCAGUUGUGGCUUACUGGUCGCCAGUGGACAGAGGCGACAGUCGAUUAUAGAGCAAGGAUUAGCAAACACGAGUGACACAGAAGGAGAAUCAGGAACAGAAGCUGAGAGAGAAGAGGUAGCCAUCAAGAGAGGAAGAGCAUUUAAACCUCAUCAUCCUCGUCGUUCCUCUGGAGGCAUCUCCUGCGUCCAUCAUGGGUUAGCUCUGCGACGUCGACGUCCCUCUAAAGUAAAGUCCAUCGAACCUCAUUUGCUCGGACCCUCCAUGUUACUCGCGAGCGUGGUCCAGAUGGGAAGAGGAUGGGGAGAGAAAGAAGAGGAAGAGGAGGGACUGUGCUCCUGUUCAGAGUCGGAUGAAGAAGGGAGUGAUGAAGAAGUGGAUGACAGAAGAGGGAUAACAGACGGAGGCUUCAGGCCGGCAGCUCAGAUGCACUCAACCCAGGCGGUCGUUAUGAAGAACUUCAAGCCCUGCCCCUUGCUCCGCCCUCCUCGCUGUUUGAGACGAAACUCCUCCCACCUCCUUCCAUUGGACUCCGUCUUUCAGAACAGUGAGAUGGGUUGCGGAGUUUACGGCCGCUACAAUCGACGCAGCUCGAGUCAAGUUCACCAGAAUUUCAAUAAACCCAUCCCGACUUCCACGACCAGCCCGAGUCUGGUUCAGCUGGCCUUAGCAGAUCUGAGUUCAGAUCCUGGGGCCUCUGAGACACAUGGAUCUACACUUCCUAAAAGCUGUUCUUCACCUCUUGGGGGAGGCGAGGGAACCAUAUACUACAAUCCUUAUCUGGAUACAUGGGAGAACUUCCUGUCGAAAGCGAUAGCCAAGUCCGGCCUGCACCACCUCCCCUGUCAACCCAGCACGUCGUCUCUGAACAGGACCGACCCAGAAGCAAGUAUCCGCAGCACUUUGGACUGGACUGAAUCGGCUGUGUAUGGAGAUCAUAUCUGGUUUGAGACAAAUGCAUCUGGAGAUUACUGUUAUGUGGGAGAGCAGCACUGCAUUGCCAGAGCACUGCAAAAAUCUGUCAGUCGAAGGAAGUGUGCUGCCUGUAAGAUCGUGGCCCACACCGUCUGUAUAGAACAGCUGGAGAAGCUCCCCACUUCUAGAGCCAUUCUGUUGGACGCCAACCUGCCCCACAAUGACCCCAGCUUUAGAAUUAAUUUCAGAUGUAAACCGUCUUUCAGAGAAUCGGGCUCCAGGAACAUUCGAGAGCCCAUUGUGGUGCGUCAUCACUGGGUGCAUCGGAGACGGCAAGAGGGCAAAUGUAAACAGUGUGGGAAGGGCUUCCAGCAAAAGUUUACCUUCCACAGUAAAGAGAUAGUUGCCAUCAGCUGCUCCUGGUGUAAACAGGCUUACCACAACAAGGUUUCCUGCUUCAUGCUGCAGCAAAUUGAGGAGGCUUGUCCAAUAGGAGCUCACGCCGCCCUCAUAGUUCCGCCCACGUGGAUCAUUCGAGUCCGACGCCAUCAGUCGUCCAUGAAAUCGAGUAAGAAGAAGAAGAGAACGUCGUUCAAGAGGAAAAGCAGCAAGAAAGGCGCAGAGGAAGGACGACAGUGCAAGCCGUUUAUAAUCCGACCCAUCCCCUCCCCGCUGAUGAAGCCGCUGCUGGUGUUUGUCAACCCCAAGAGCGGAGGAAACCAGGGCACCAAGAUCCUGCAGUCCUUCAUGUGGUAUCUGAACCCCAGACAGGUGUUUGACCUGAGCCAAGGAGGACCAAAGGAGGGCCUGGAGCUGUACCGCAAAGUCCACAACCUGAGGAUCCUGGCCUGUGGAGGAGACGGCACUGUGGGCUGGAUCCUGUCCUGCCUUGACGAGCUGGCGUUAAACCCUCAGCCUCCUGUUGCCGUGUUACCGCUUGGGACCGGAAAUGACCUCGCCAGGACCCUCAACUGGGGAGGGGGAUAUACAGAUGAACCUCUGUCUAAGAUCCUGUCGCAUGUUGAGGACGGAACGGUCGUCCAGCUGGACAGGUGGAAUCUACAGGUCGAACCAAACCAUAGUGCAGGGGCCGAGGUGGACGAACAGCAAACUGAUAAGCUUCCUCUAGAUGUUUUCAACAAUUACUUCAGUCUUGGAUUUGAUGCCCAUGUGACUCUAGAGUUCCAUGAAUCAAGAGAGGCCAACCCGGAGAAGUUUAACAGUCGCUUUAGGAAUAAGAUGUUCUACGCUGGGACAGCAUUCUCAGACUUCCUGAUGGGAAGCUCCAAAGACCUGUCCAAGCACAUCAAAGUGGUGUGUGACGGGACUGAUUUGACGUCAAAGGUCCAGGACUUGAAGCUGCAGUGUCUGGUCUUCCUCAACAUCCCCAGGUACUGUGCAGGCACUACACCUUGGGGGAACCCCAGCGAGCAUCACGACUUCGAACCUCAACGCCAUGACGAUGGAUACAUCGAGGUCAUUGGAUUCACCAUGACUUCACUGGCUACUCUUCAGGUGGGAGGUCACGGCGAGAGGUUGAACCAGUGCCGAGAAGUCACCCUCACCACCACGAAACCUCUCCCCGUGCAGGUGGAUGGUGAGCCGUGCAGACUCGCUCCCUCUGUGAUCCGCAUCAGCCUCCGAAACCAAGCCAACAUGGUUCAGAAAACCAAGCGGCGGACCUCUCUGCCACACCUCAAUGAUCAGCAGCCAGUCCCAGAGAGGCUGAGGAUCAGAGUCAGCAGGAUCAGCAUGACUGACUACGAGGCUCUGCACUAUGACAAGGACAAACUACGGCAAGCAUCGAUUCCUCUGGGGCUGAUUGUGGUUCCCGGUGACAGUGACUUAGAAACCUGCAGGGAGCACAUCCAGCGUUUGCAGGAGGAGGAGGCGGCCAAGCCCAAGAUUCUUUCCUCGCAGAGAUUAUCUCCGAAGUGGUGUUUCCUUGACUCUACAACAGCAGAUCGUUUCUACAGGAUAGACAGAGCACAGGAACAUCUCAACUACGUAUCCGAAAUCUCCCAGGAGGAGAUCUUCAUCCUGGACCCUGAACUAAUCGUUACUGCGACGGUGGGCACCUCCCCCUCAGCCGUCCCUGACCUGGUGGACGCUGCCUCCAGCCAGGUAAACAGCAGCUCUUCCCAGAGGCAGCGAGUGAACAGCGACAGCUCCGCGUCCGAAGCUUUAACGCACAACGCCACGCCUGUGGCCAGCAAGCUCAGCAGGGCGGGUUGCAUCCAUCGUUCCAACACCACAGCUGCUGAUUUCAAACCGAGACUGAGCCAGGAAAAGAGCCAAAAGACGAAUGACACAGAAAAGGAGAAAGAAAAAGAGAUGCUGAUUGAGUGUGUGAAGAACAAGGACGUGAAAAAGCUCCAGGAGCUGCACCUGAAGGGGGCGGACCUCGCCGCGCUGGACCAAUCAGACUGCAGUUUGCUGCACCAUGCUGUCAGCACAGGAAGCAAGGAGAUGGUCCGCUACAUUCUGGACAAUGCUCCAAAUGACCUGCUUGAUGUCACCGAAAAACAUCACGGGGAGACGGUUCUCCAUCGAGCCGCGUCUCUGUGCCACCGGACCAUCUGUCACUAUCUGGUGGAAGCCGGGGCCUCGCUGAUGAAAACAGACCUACAGGGCGACACGCCUAAGAACAGAGCAGAGAAGGCUCACGACGCUGAGCUGGCAGCCUAUCUGGAGAACAGACAGCAUUACCAGAUGAUCCAGAGAGAGGACCAGGAAACAGCUGUUUGACACAGCUGAUCUCUUUAUAAACAGGAAGAAGCCAUCUUCUUCUUCUUUAUCUUCUUCUUCUUCCUCGUGGUGGUGAGACUGACAGAGGCGUGUCGUUGACGCCGGCGUGACGGUAGGAUCGGCACACGGAUUCCACCUCACGGCUGACACGUGUCACUCCUGGAAAGCACAGAGCUCUGACUGAGCUAGCGAAGCCAAAUCCGAUCUCUACACGUAUUUAACCACGAUUCCAAUGACGGAAGCGGUGACGAUAACCAAGCCUCUGUUAAUGAGGGCCAAGAUUAUGAGAUGAUCAUUGAGUCAUUCCUCUUCAUUUUGAGUAGCUGAGUAAUAAAACGCGUUAGUGGAAAAAAAAUAGAAGCAGCUUUGGGGGGGGGGCGCCUUUCACUCUUUCAUCUCAAACAAAUUCAAAGACCUGAUCAUCUUGCCAUAAAUGAAUGAUACUGCAGCGUUUUUUUGGGGGGGGUUGGUUUGUCUUAGUUUUAGAAAAAAAUCAAAUGUAGUUUUCCACUGUUAAUCAUCUUAGUUGAGCCUUACAAGCCUUACCAAAAAUGAAGUUUUUACUUUGGGGUAAGUAGAUGAAAUAAAUUGCGUGUCCGUAUUUGAAGACAAAAAUUCACUCAGUGUCCAACAAAGACAAAAAAAACAAAACCUCUGGGUGGAAACGAAACUCUUAAAUCCCAUCAUCAUCAGCUAUGUUUUGGUUGGUCUUACCUCACCCACACAACAUCAACAAUGCAUUGUAUAUACUGUAUUUUGUUGACUUUGUUUGCAGACAAUCACCAUAUUCUACAGGUAAUGAUUAUUUAUACAUUUGGGGGUAAUGUUAGCAGCUAGAUCAAAUGGAUGUGUAUGUGCUUUACAUUU